AUGUCGAAUCAAUACAGCGAUGAAAUUUUCUAUUUUAUCAUCAUUCAAUACAGCUUCAAUCACUCGAUUGCCAUCUCUGAAAAACUCAUCACUAUGCGAACAAUCUUCUUCAACGCAAUUCUCUGUUUUUUCAUUGUUAUCAUUGGCGUCACACUUUCAUCGAGUGUCUCACUUGACCAAGAAGAUCGUGUUCCUGCACAUAUGGAUUGGAUUGACUUAGAUAGCUACGCUUCGUCUCAUCAACUCGAUGCCCGUGCUGCUAAAUCACGCUUUUGGAAACGUGCACCCCAUCGUCAUUUCUGGAAACGGUCAGCAUCCAUGAUCAACAAUGAUUUAACCAAAUCCGAAUCCAAUUAA